AUGGAGGUGGAUUCUGAGGUAACUGGAGGGAAUUCUCCUAGACCUGAAUCUCUCACGGAAAAUGAGGUUCAGAUGCCUGUUAUGGUUUUGGCUGCGCAUACGCCUUGUAGAUCACCUGGAAAUGUGAAGCGCCAAAAAGUAGCUCCGGAGGUAUCAGUGGUGUCUGCCAAAGAGUUCAAGUCGCCACUGCCUCCAAAACGGAGUUGUCAACGACCUUCCACAUCGUCGCAAAGGCCGUCGUCCCCUCCGGCUGCUUCUCAAACACGCCAGGAGAAUAAGAAGUCCGAUGUAGAGAUGGCGCCAGUACUGGAACAGGUUGUCCGUCCACCUUCUGCCCCCCAGUCUGAGCCAACUCCCCAGGAAAGUCUUCGUCUUCAACAAGAAAAUUCCAAUCACGAAUCCGUUCCCGCCACCACUACCGUCGAGGCCCCGGCGUCCCAUCGUUGCUCGAGUCUAAUGACAGAGGAAAGCGGCACCGAAAACGACAUAGUGUCUCCCCUUCCAGAUGAAGAGCCGUCGUCGACGUUGGCCAGGCCUUCACCGAAGGAGGUUUUGGAGCAAACCCACCCGAUAGCUUCGACACCGGCUCCUGGUUUGAUUGGCUCUACACUGAGCCGUCUGACGCAGCGCAACACACCUUGGUCAAGCAGUGCCGGACCGUCCUGGUUGAGCCGCCUCGGUUGGUUCAACAACAACAACAACCAGCAACAACAACAGCAACACGCCAAAAAAUCCUUGAAGUCCGAAAACCCGAUGCCAACAGCAACUGGCGGCAAACUCACCAAACCGCUCUCAGCCUCGCGCCUACCCCACACUGGAAGGUUGAACAAAACCAUCGGGCCUCACAAAACCAAUAUUUCUGUCAUUGCCGAGACGUCCAUUCUCUCCGUCAAUCGUGCCAGCGGCCAAGCACACCGUGUCUCCACAAAUUCCCGGGUCCAGGCAGUGCUGACAAAGAAGCUGUCGACGGCGGAAGAACGGCGCCAGCGCGUGCUUGCCGAGUCGGCCGCACAGAAGGAGCGCCAGCGUAAAUUGGAGCAGCAGAAGGAGGAGGAGAGGCGAGCCAGGGCGAGGGCCAUGGACGCUCAUCGUCAGGCGGUGCGCGCGAACGCCGAGCGCGUGGCCCAGGAGAAACAGGCUGCCAGAGCCAGGAAAAUUGAGGCCGAAAUGCAGCGGAUGCAAAAGCUGAAGGAGAAGCCGUUGACAGCGAAAACAAGCAUGAACUCCCAGCCAGCGGCAUCCCUUAUCAAACCUCUGGCUCCCAUCUCCACCAACGUUCCGUCGUCUACGCAGUUCGCGAGCAGUAUUAGUAGUAGUAGUAACAACAGUAAAUACAUCAAAAACUUCGACUACGCCAGUAGUGCUGCAACGAUGCCCGCAAACGCCACCUCUCAAGGCCAGCCCCAGCCAGUUGCCAAGAAGGAAUCCCUGAUCUCCUAUGACCUAUCUGGUGUCCUCUCGGACUACAACUCCGACUCCGAGGAGGAGAAUCGACGCAAGAAAAAACCAAUUCCCUCGUGGGCCAAGCCAGGUAGCGCCGAACUGCUGCAAUGGGUCUCCAAGGUGUAUCAGGGUGAACUUCGGUGGCAAAAUGUCUUCCGCCCCGCUGAAAGCGUCCACUUCGACGAUGCCGACCUCUUUCAUGGCUUCAAAUUUCGCUCGCGUCCACGUGGAAGCAGCGCCGUCUGGCGUGAACCCCCUCAGAUCCCACGCUGA